UUCCCAGAAUUAAUGCGUAAUUGGCUCCCAUUGAGUUCUGCAAUUGUUCGCGCAUGUGCUAGAAGUUGUUCAGCACAAAAUGCUUAUAGAAUGCCACAAAACGACUCUUUGUCAGAUUGGAAUAGGAUUCGAGAUUUGUUUGUUCAAAAUGAUAGAGAUGUUGGCACUUUAGUAGAUAAAACCCAAUUAUCUAUUUCUUUGCCGUAUACCGCUAAUUGUUUAAACAAAUGUGAUCCAAAGGAUCCAUUAGUGUUAGGUUUUGUUGCUAAAGCCUUUGCCGCAUCUGAUCAGGCUCAGAUUCAACGUCGUAUCUCUCUUUGCCGAGUAAUGUGUGGAACUUUAAGAAAAGGCGAUCAAAUUUUUGUUUUUAAAUCCUUACAAAAUGCUAAAAUCAAUCAAACUACACAGUCUCGACCAGAAGAAAAUGAGUGUUGGCGUGAAUUCACAGUUACUGGUUUAUUUAUUUUAUUUGGUCGAGAUCUUCUUGAAGUUGAACGUAUUCCUUGUGGACGCAUCUGUGGCGUUGAAGUUAAUGGUGGAGAAUGGAUUGGAGGUUCUUUGUUUAGCAAUCGACAAUUAUCUCCUUCAGAAAUCCCUCAUAUGGAAGGAGCUAAACAACUUGGAAAAUUUGCUGAUCCAAUUGUUCGAGUCACUAUAAAACCAGCUAUAUCUGGGCCGGCAGAAUUUGCUGAACUACGGGCUGCUCUUCGUCAAUUGGCAGUUUUGGAUUCAGCAGUUAGUAUAGUUGAGCAGAAGGAAAAUGAAUUUUUGAUGUUAACUGCGGGAGAGGUACAUUUACAAAAAUGUAUUGAGGAAUGUUUUAUGCCUCAAUUUGGCUUGAGGAUACGUUUAAGAGCCGUCCCCUUAACUGGACAAGAACCAGAAACAAAUAAGCUUUUUGAAUUGAUGGAACGUAAUAUUCAACUCAUUGAUUCUUUCAAAGAAAGCAAUUUUAAUGCUCAACAUCGUUCUAAAAUUGAAGCUUUUCGUUUAGAACUAGCAGAACAAGCAAGCAUUAGUCUUCCCAAACUUCGUGGGUCUUGGUGGGCAAAGAAGCCUUCUAUACAGAUCCGACAACUUUUUACUGAAAAUAUUCUUUCUUUUGGACCAACAAAAGCUCGACUAAAUAUUCUUUUCAAUAACAACGCUUUACCUUUUUAUAAUAAUGAGGAUAAUGAUAAAAUGAAUCUAGAUUCUGAGCAAAAGGAAGGAAAUGCUGCGUCUAUUAGAGAAGCUAAUCUCAGUCCAUUAGAACAAGCACUAGUUGGGGGUUUUCAUAUUGCAAUGGCUCAAGGCCCUCUCUGUGAUGAACCUAUGCAAGCAAUUGGUAUUAUAAUUGAAGAUUGGAUAUUAGAAGAUAAAACUGAAAGAUGUAAUGUUGAAGUAGAAAAUAAAAAUGAAGAAGAAACGAGAAAUUUAGUUGAAAUUGAAGAUGAAAAUGAUAAAAGAAUAAUUGGUGUUGAAGGACCAUUUAAAGAAUUAAAUGAAAAGAAAGAAGAAAAUUUACAAAAAUGUGAUAAUUUAUUAAUAAAUUGUGAUACUCCAAGUACUUCAAAAAUAGAAGAAGAAAAGAUUAAUUUGGAAAAAAGAUAUAAACAACUUUAUAUGAAUGCUCAAUUACAUGGACAAUUAAUUUCUGCUAUGAGACAAACUUGUAAAGCAGCACUUAAAAAACAUGUUGGUGCAUUAAGAUUAGUUGCAGCAAUGUACGAAUGUAAAGUACAAACACCUGAACAAAUGUUGGGAAAAGUUCAAGCAGUACUUUCAAAUAAAAGGGCAAAAGUUUAUAGUGAAGAAAUUAAUGAAAUUAGUGGACUUUUUGAAAUUAGUGCUCAUUUACCGGUUAUAGAAAGUUUUUCGUUUUGUGAUCAAUUACGUAAAAGAAGUAGUGGAAAAGCCUCAGCACAAUUAGAAUUUUCUGGGUGGCAAUUAAUUGAUGAAGAUCCCUUUUGGGAGCCGAGUACGGAGGAAGAGAUGGAAGAAUUUGGGCGUCCCAGUGUGCAAAUACAAAACCAAGCAAGACAAUAUAUGGACGCUGUUCGCAGAAGAAAAGGUCUCCCAACAGAAGAUGUAAUUGUUGUUUGUGCAGAAAAACAAAGGAAUUUAAAAAGAAAUAAAUAA